UCAGCCCUCACCUUGGCAGUACAGGAUGAAGGCUAUUACGUGAGAUAUGACGCAUUCCUCCGGCCAUCGGAUCAUGGCUCAUUGGCCUCCUCGAGGGAUAGUCGCCGAAGGUAGCCGGUCUCGAUGAUGCGGCCUCAACACCACAGAGACGACGAAGGCUCUUUCUUCGCGUCCGGCAUCGCAGAACUUGCUGCACUCUUCCGUCUGCAGCUCGAAAGAAGACGUCGUAGACAUGCACCUCCGCAAGGAACACGCAGAGCUCGACGUCCCGGCUCUGCGGCGCUUCAUCCGCGCCAACCCUCUCGGCCUACUUACCACGGCCAUCCCGUCGCCAACAUCGUCCUUUCCGCUCCUUCAGUCCACACACAUUCCCUUCAUCCUCGACUUCGACAGCGAUGAUGACGAUAAUUACGACGGCAAAAGCGCGGGAGCGGGAGCGCCACCUCUGGGCCGGCUACGGGGUCACAUGGCACGGCAAAACCCCCAGGCCAAAGCCAUGAUCGAGGCGCUGAUGCUUGGCGACAGCGAAAACAACGUCCUCGCCCAGGACGUGCUCCUCGUCUUCACCUCCCCCGUUCAGCACUACAUCACGACAAACUUUUACCACGAGACCAUGACCUCGGACCGCCGCACCGCGCCGACGUGGAACUACGCCGCCGCGCAGGUCUACGGCCGGCUGCGCGUGCACCACGACGCGGACGCGCCCACCACGGCAGCCUUUCUCACGCAGCAGCUGCGCGACCUUGCGCGCCUCGGCGAGACGCAGAUUAUGGGCUACGAUGCGGCCGAGGGCGGGGCGGCGGCAACCACAACAGCAGCAGCCACUACACCAAAGACUAUAGCAACGGCAACAUCAGAAGCAGCAGGAUCCUCGGCCCCGACGGCGUGGCGGCUCGACGACGCGCCGGGCAGCUACGUGGCGCGCUCCAUCCGCGGCAUCGUGGGGCUCGAGAUUGACAUUGUCCGGCUGGAGGGCAAGGUCAAGAUGAGCCAGGAGCUCAGGGAGGGGGAUCGCGAGGGCGUGGUGCGCGGGUUGCGGGCGCUCAGAACGGAGACGGCGGAGCGCAUGGCGGAGCUGGUGGAGGAGCGGGCGGCGCUGCUGAGGGCUUCGUCGAGUCGCGCUCCAGUACGGGUAGGGACAGUGUCGCGUUGAAGCGAGGCAUUAGGAAUACACCAAGUGCAUAGAAUUUCACCAUAGCCGACUCACG